AUGAAAUCUGAGAUGGAGUCCAUGUACUCUAAUCAAGUCUGGGAACUUGUAGAACCACCUGAAGGGAAUUGUGUAGGUAUGUUGAAUUCUGUCAAAGAUUGGCUGUCCCAACGUUUUGAUAUGAAGGAUUUGGGAGAGGCUGCUCAUAUUCUUAGGAUUAAGCUUAUGCGAGAUCGCAAGAAAAGGAUGAUUGGCUUAUCUCAAGCACUUUUUAUUGAUACCAUUCUUGCUCGUUUCAGCAUGCAGGAUUCCAAGAAGGAUGUAAACAGACCUGAUAUCUGUUUUGCUGUUGGCAUGGUUAGCAGAUUUCAAUCUAAUCCUGGGCGAGAACACUGGACUGCAGUCAAGCAUAUUAUCAAGUACUUGAAAAGGACUAGGGAUUAUAGGUUAGUUUAUCAAUCUGACGAUCUUGUACCCAUUGGGUAUACAGAUUCGGAUUUUCAGACUGAUAAGGACUCUCGGAAGUCAACCUCUGGUAAUGCUUUUGUCUUGGGAGGUGGAGCCAUAAGUUGGAGGAGUAUUAAGCAAACUUGUGUUGCUGACUCCACCAUGGAAGUUGAAUAUGUGGCAGCUUCUGAAGCUGCAAAGGAAGCUGUAUGGCUUAGGAACUUCCUUAUGGAUCUAGGCGUAGUUUCUUCAGUGCAAUUGCCAAUCACCUAUUAUACUUUGCUGUGA